AUGAAAAAUAAAAUAAAAAUAAAUAAAAGAUGCAAUUAUCGUGAAUGGCCAAUAAGAAGACAAUUAAUGUUUUCUUUCUUAUGCACAACAAUAUUACUUCAAUUUAUAUUAAUUAGUGUCAUUUUUGGAAAUAUUGAAUAUAUGAUUAACUAAACAAAUUCAUAAAUUUUUAGCUAAGUGGAAACUCAUUCAAACAAUUAAUUUUUUUAAGUUGCAAAUUAGAUAGGUAUUGGCUUUUAAUCUCAUUUAUAUUACCUAUCAUAAUAAUUGUAAAAUACUGUUUAAAUCUUUCCAUAAUUAUUCAAUCCUUUAAUGUAAUUUAAACCUUCUAAUUCCUAUUAAACUUGUGAAAUAUUAACUCAAUAAAAUUAUUUAGAAGUAUGUUUUUAUGCUCAAGAAAAUACAAAAUAACUUUACAAUUUGAAUUAAUAAACAUAAUACAUAUUAGGAUAUUUAACUAAUUAUAAGAGUUAUUUACCCUUUCUAUUUGUGGAAUCAGUUAGAUAAAAAAUAGAAGUAAUAAAUAAUCUUAAAUUAGAGGUUUUCUAUUUUAAUUUAUAAUCCUAUUGAAUAAGUUGAAAUCUAUAUGAUUUAUCCUGCCAAUAAGAUUUAAAAAUAUUAUAUUAAUAAGAAAAAACAUAAAGAAAUCUAAUUAAGUGGACCAUAUAUUAAUCCAACUAAUAAUAGUUAAAUUAUGAUGAAUCUUCAAUAAUAGAUUACAUUUAAAAACUAUUCAAUAUGUAAUUAUAUUUUAUUUAAUUAUAUUUAAGAUUUCACCAUAGAAUUUUCAUUAUAAUCAAUUGAAGUUUUAUUCUUUGAUAUUAAUUAUUAUUAAUCAACAAUUUUGGCUAUUACUGAUUUUAGUGGCACUUUGAUCUAUUGUCCAAUUGAAUGGAAUAUUAGUUAUUAAACGUCUAUUCAAAAAAUUUAUGAUCAUUAUAAUAUCUCUGGUUUUAAUAUAACUAGAAUACCUACAAAUUAAACAAAUUAAAUAGAAUUAUAAAAUUAAACAUAUAGUUUAAUUUAAUUACCUUUUUCUGGAAAGUAUGAUUCAUAUUAGUUAAGUUCAUUUAUUAAUAAUACAAAUUAGAAUAUAGAUUUUUAUGUUUAUUUGUAUGUUUUGAAUGAUCAAUUACUUACAACAUUUACUUUAAUUAAUGAUGUUAUGUAAAGAGAAGAAACAGUUAUAAUAUUCAUUAAUAUAUCCUCAACUAUUUUAACAAUAUCUAUAGUAUUUAUUUUUACUUAUUUAAUUGCUGUUAGAAUUAGUAGACCAUUAAAUAAAUUAGUAAAUACUUCAAGAUAUAUGUCAAAUAAUCUUACUAAAAAGAAUAUUUCAUAUGAAAUUUUAAAUGAAAUUAAACACAUUGAAGCUGCAAAUUAAAUUGCAGACCUAAUUUAAAAAUUUAAAAAUUUAGUUGAGUCUAUCAAAAAUAAAAUUAAUUCAAAGAAAUCAAUGGUCAAAAAGAACGUUGUCCAAUAUCCUUUAAAUUAAUAUGAUCCUGAAUUUAUUAAUAAAACAAAAAAUAAAACUGAUAUUAAUUGGAAUGCAACAAUAAAUGAAAUAGAUGAAUGA